AUGGCGCCUCGUCUAGCAAUCAGCCUCUUGCCAGUGGUUUUCUCCCUCUCCCCACAGCUGGUGGUGGGCUGGCCGGGUCUGGAGCAGCUGACAAGGAGCUGCGGGAGGAGCGUGGGGUGGAUGCUGCAGGCGCUGGAGGGGCUCCCCAAGGGCGAGCGAGCCAAGUACCUCGACAUCACCGUGUGGUGCACGUUCAAGCUGGCCUACAUCUUCUACAACCAGAACCUCCACCAGGAGGCCAGCUCUGUCUGCAAGCUCUUCUGCCAGAGCCUGCAGGCGGCCGAAGCCUACACCUGUCCCGAGAUCCUCCCGGAGAGGCUGCACAAAUGCUUCCGGCUGCAGGUGGAAAGCUCCCGCAAGCUGGGGCAUCUGGAGAGAGCCCUGGCAUGGGUGGUGCGGUGGCUGGUGGCGCUGCGGGGCCGUGUUGGGGAGCUGCUGGCAGAGCCCGUUUCCCUCUGGGUCCGAGUUAAAAUGGAUGCUGUGAAACAGGGGGCCGAGGAGCUGCGGUUACGAACCCUGAAGGAAGGGCUGGAGGGGCACAGCCUGGACACGGAGACCAUGGUGACUGUCCUCUUUGCGGAGCUGAAAGCCUACAAAGCUCUGCGAGCUGACACGGGGCAGGAACGCUACAACGUCCUCUGCGACCUGCUGGCCAUCUGCUCGGAGGAGAGCGGUCGCCUGCACGAGCGAGCCGUGGGCUUGACGGAGCUGGCCCAGGUCUUGUGCUACCACAGCUACGCCCAGCAGACGGACUGCUCCUCCCUGGACUCGGUCCGUGAAGCCUUGCGGCUGCUGGAAUUGGUGCCCAGCAGCACCCAGAACCACGACCGGCUCCUCGAUGACCGGGCACAGGCUCUGCUCUGGCUCUACAUCUGCACCCUGGAGUCCAAGCUGGAGGAGAGCAUCGAGAGGGAGCAGAUAGUCAAAGCUCAGGGGCUGAAGAACCUGGAAGACUUUGAGCCCAACGACCUCAACUACGAAGGCAGGCAGCUGGAGGAGGGGUUCCUGCACAGCGGCAUCUCCUUCAACCUGGCGACGGAGCGCGGUGAGGACGCGGGUGGGCUCAGGCCCUGGGUGCAGAGGCUUUCUGGGAGCACCCGGUUUUGGAUCAGGGUGUCUCAGACCCGUGAUGUACCCUCAGCUCUGUGCCAAAGCCUGGACGACGCCUUUGCGUUGUGGAAACAGCUCCUGACGCCGCCGGGCGUCCCGGCCGUGCGCAGCCCCGAGCAGACCGUAACCUCCCUGCACCUCCUGGCAGCUCUCUACAAGCUGAUGGCCAAGCCCUUGCAAGCCCUGGAGAGCUACUUGCUAGCCAAAGCCCUGUGUGACGCCCUCGGGGACAGCCUGGGCAUGGCCAGCGCCCUGUGCCAGGUCACCAAGCUGCUCUUCCAGCUGGAGUGUCCCAGCUACGCCCAGCUUUUCCUGGAGGAGACCGAGUCCUGCCUGCAGAAAGGUGACAGCGGUGACGAUUCCUACCUGCUGCUGCAGCAAACCUGCCUUCUGCUCCGCAGCCAGCUGUGCUGUGUCAACCGUAGGAUUGAAGAGGGUCUUGCCCUGUUGCUGGAGGUGCUUCAGAACCCAGCUCUGCAAAAAAUCACAAAGGUCUGGUACCUGCUGCGAGCCCACGUGCUUUGGCUGGUGGCCAUCUACCUGAGCCUCCCCGUUGGCCACCUCUCCCCGGAGCUCCGGGAGCAGAUCUUUGUGCAAGGCCAGAUGUGUACCUCCUUCCUGGUGCUGAAGGCCCAGCUGGAGCUGCAGCAGAGUGAGCUGGAGCUGAGCCACUUCAACCUCCAGCAAGCUCUCUUCUUGCUGGAGUCCAACACCGAGUUUAAAACCAGCAAGAAGCAGAAAAACCAGAGAAAGAUCCUGCCCAGGAAAUGCAAACUGGAGAGUGAGAAGCCGCAGGACCCCAUCUCUGAGCCCUCUGGAGAAGAAGAGAGUUUUCUGAGGGGCCCUGCACUGGAGUUUGUGGCCACGGUGAGCAACCUGGAGAAGAAGGAGGCUCUCACCGCCUCGCCGGAGCUGAAGCCCCAGAGGAAGAAGAGACUGGCCUUCCUCACCCACCCAGCAGCCUGCACGUGCUGCCUCUGCUCCGACCUGGCCCUCUCGGCUCUCUGCCUGCACUGGCUCCUCUCCUGUGCCCAGGCCGAGCUGGCCACGGGCAACGUGGCCGAGGGGUUGGGGCUGAUCCGCGCUGUGCUGCCGCGCCGCGCCGCCAUCGCCUCCCGCUUCGCCGCCGUGCUGCGAGACCAGCUGUGGGGCAGCAACCUCGGCCGGGACCUGCCUGCGCUGGGGCUGCUGGACGAUCUGGUAGCCACUGGCUAUGCCAUGUUAGCCAUUCAGAGCUUGGCCAGCCCCUGGCCAGCGGAGGAGCUGCAGGAAGAGGUGGAGAUGGGACUGACCUUCCUGGCAUCCUGCAGCCCCCACCUGCCCAGCCUGGAGGUCUCCAGGGCCAGCCUGCUGCUCUCCAAAGCCAUGGCCACCAUUUGCCACAUG